AUGGCGUCGCCGCGUACUCGUCGCAAAUUAAAUUUCAUACGUACUCAAGAUGAAAACCACAAAUGUUUCGAAUGCGGUACUCUAAAUCCGCAAUGGGUGUCUGUGACCUAUGGUAUUUGGAUAUGCCUGGAAUGUUCAGGCAUACAUCGCAGCCUUGGGGUCCACUUGUCUUUUGUACGUUCGGUCACAAUGGAUAAAUGGAAAGAUAUCGAAUUGGAAAAGAUGGCGGUGGGGGGAAAUCUGAAAGCUCGAACAUUUUUUGAAAGCCAACCUGAUUACCGGCCUGAUAUGAAAAUACAGCAAAAAUACAACACUAAAGCAGCUUCUAUGUACAAACAGAAGAUCAUAGCACUUGCGGAGGGUCGUGAGUGGAGUCCUUCGGACUACAAGCCAGAAAUAAUAGAAAGACCAUCUGACUGGAGCCAAUCACAAAGUUUCUAUUCAUCUGGAGAUAACUAUUUCCACACCAGUGGAUCUGAUAAUAACAUUAGCUACCAUAGUGAAUAUGGAAGCGGACGGUACACAGGAUUUGGAAAUUCACCAAAACAAUCUCUAUCAACCCCAAUGUCACCAGUUCACAGUGGAAAUGAAAUGGUUGACAACACAAUAGCAUCAUUAGCUACAGGCUGGUCAAUGUUUACUUCGUCUGUCACAAAGGUGGCCCGCUCGGCCACUGAGAGUGCAGUGAAAUAUGGAGGAAUCGCUACACAGAAAGUAUCUGAAAUGGCUUCCACUGUCACUGAAAAGGUGAACAACCGCGGUGGAUGGAGUUCUCUAGGCGGCACGAGUGAACUGCGCCGCGCAAGCAACUCAAGCACACUCUUCCAAUCUCCGGGCUACGGCGCUAUGAAGAAUUCCACUUCUGAGCCUUACUCAAAAUGGAGUGAGCAAACCCAACCGGGGAUAGUGCAAUCAGUGGCAGCGCGAAACAACUUGGACACCCGCGAUUUAUCGCAAGUCGGGAACCUGAUGGCACAAAAGGACAAAUGCUCUACAAUAUUUGCUGUUGUGCAAUUAUCCGUAGAUUUAGAUUUAAUUCCAGUAAAUGUUACGAUUAUUUCACUUCAUUAUAUGUGUGUAGUACAAAGAGUACCUAUACCUUUAUUGCAA